AUGUCUUCAUGGCGGAAAUCAGCUUCCUCUCGUCUUUCCUCUUUUAAAGGCUACAUCGCUCAACAAGAUUUGCGCAAUACUCUGCCUGAAGCCAUUUCACGUCAAAUUGGUGCUGGUAAAGAACGAGCAGGGAACUUUAAAGAAUGGGCUGGCCAGAAGAUCAAUAGAGGGUAUAACAAUAACGGUCAGACGAAUGCUGGCACAGAGAAAAUCUCGCUAUUUCCUGGAUGGGCAGCGCGUCGGUAUCCAGCAACUGGACAGCAGGAAGAUUCCUUUGAGAUUGAAGUUUUCAUCUCCGGAUUUGCUACCUCUCGUAGAUCGGCCGAUGUAAUCAGUCGUUCCCAAAGGGCAUUCCUAAAGCUUGCGAAAGGCAAGGGCGAAUUACUUACAUCCUGUUUCGCCGCUCUCCCAAAACUUGAAAGUAACGAUAAUGAAUCAGCUACCACAGGCGUCCUGUUAGAGCCGCGAACCUUAAGUCAUUCGACGGAGGAUCUUUUGAAAUCAGUCAAGCUUCCUCCUAGACCAGAAGACAUCUCAGAAGACUAUGAGGUGCAAUUGCUUGAACGCAAAUUUCAGAGUCUUAAUGGUAUCUCUGAAGAUGCAGAUUCGUUGCACUCUCCUGUGUAUUCGCAAUCAUCAUCCCGCGCUAGUUCAGUCAAUGACCUUACGUUGCAUGACAACACCCCAGAAUCUUCUUACCUCGGUACUGUCGUAAAAAAUACAGCAGCAGACGAACUCCGAAAGCUACAUGCGAACCUCGAAUCUCGUUUACAACCUUUCUGGUCUUCCGUUGUACCCAAUAGAACCGUGCGCCUCCGACUAUACACGUCCCCGAAUCACAUCUCGACCCCUUCGAAUUCAUCGGUGAGUAUGGACAACGGGCCCGUAUCAAUCCAAGAUGUUGUCACGGCACCAGAUGGGAGCUUCCAAGCACGCUUCACCGUCGGAUGGACGGACCUAGCGAAUCAUCCUGGUGCCGAGCAUAUUGCUUUUGGUGAUCCUGCAGAAGAACAUGAAUUGCUCGUUGCUGCCGAGUUACUCCCUCUUCCUUCGCCUAUAUCAUCUGUCGCUUCCUCUGCCGCGUCCUCGACAACUGAUUUCUCCUCAUCGUCACGCCCGUCGAAGAAUAAUACAACUAGAUCGUAUCAAUCAAAUUCUCCAUACGACUCGUCAGUGACACUACCGUCAAUACCGCCUACCACGCUUCGUAUUCCAUUAACCUACUCCCCCGUCCGUGUCAUAUCUGACAUCGACGAUACUAUCAAAUAUUCGAACGUCACAGGUGGAGCACGCGCAGUGUUUCAUAACGUUUUCGUGAAAGAACUGAAAGACCUUGUCAUUCCCGGAAUGGGGGAGUGGUAUGAAGAGAUGUGGAAGAAGGGGGUGAGGUUCCAUUAUGUGUCAAAUGGACCAUUCGAGCUUCUUCCCUUGAUUGGAGAAUUUUUUCAAAUAUCGAAACUUCCUCCUGGUUCAGUAAAACUUCGUUCCUACGCAGGGAAGUCUCUUUUCAGCGGUCUCCUCUCUGCCCCAUCCGCUCGUAAACGCGCGGGUGUGCUCGAGAUCCUCGAUGCGUUUCCAGAUUCCAGGUUCAUCCUGAUAGGUGAUUCGGGAGAACAGGAUUUGGAGCUUUAUACAGAUUUGGCUCGGGAACGAGCAGAUCAGGUGCUUGCAAUAUUCAUUCGGGAUACGGGCGAAGGAGAACCGCUGAGUGAUCCCACCGGGGAUUCGUACGAUAAGAUAAUACCACCACGAUCUGCGCCUUCAAGUUUCGACGCCCCCACGUACCCUAUCUCCCCUCUCCCAGGAAAUUUCUUCAACUCUGCUAAUUCUCAUUCUGAUUCCCGUCCUCCAUCGCGUUCUCUGACUCCUCUCAGUAUGAAUGCUCCCUACACUGCUCGGUCGAGGAAGACUCCUGUUAGUGGUGGUGGACCUAAAUCAGCAGACUAUUUCAACACGAAACCUCUCACUGCGGAGCCUGACCCGCUUAUUGAUUUCGGGGAUUCUCCAACCACGGCGCAGUCUGCAUCGUCUAUCGCGCGUCCUCUGACUCUUGGUUCUUCUGUGUCAUCAUCUAUAACACCGUGGACACCCGCAACAACUGCUUCUUCUGUUACACCGAAAACACCGAAAACACCUUGGCUGAAUCACUCUAAUGCCUCAUACACAUCUUACACGUCUUUCAAAUCUAACAAACGUGGAUCCGUGGGAUCUAUAGGGUCCACCACAUCGACCGUGGCCACUGGCCCCGUCGCGCUCGCGCGGAUGACGGAAUCGGAAAAGAAAGGAUACGAGUUGCAGAUGAGGGUGUACAAAGCGAGAGGGGUGUUGCCGUUUCGAAUAAUGUUGAGGGUGUUUAGGGAGCCGGGGGAGUGUGUGGAGACGUGGGAUGUUGUUGGGUAG